GCCACACUCGUCAGGUCAAGGAUGGUGGGGGUGCAAUAUUAAUCAUGCAGAACGCGCAUUAUUCGGGGCAAGACGGCAACAUACUCAGUAUUUGUGACCAUCUGUAUAGGCCGUGCAUAGUAAACGGACGAGGAAGGGGCAUGCCUGAGCGGAUUGGACUGUAGUAGUAGACACUAGUACAGUACUAUGUAGAUAGGUCGGGGGCGAGGAUGUGGGUAAUAUACCCACGCCACCAGGCCAAUAAAGAGAGUGCGCGUGUGUGGUUGAUGGUGGGUGGUGAGAGGGAGCCCAUACGAUCCCAUCCGGUUCGAGAUGUUCCCGGUGCUGGCCUGGGGACAACGACAACAGUCAACCAUCGACUAGAUACAGCCAGGCAGCCCGGUGCUUGGACUUGAAGGCACCCGUCCAGCGGGGGCCGCAGCGUCGCAAGAAUACCCAAUAUGACCCCCCGAGUCCGUGACGAUCAGCC